GUUAAAUAUUGUCAGUGAAUUUAUCAUCAUCUUUAUUCCUCUCCCCCUGAACACUGACGUCACGUACGAACGUUUUUACCUACCGGCCGACUUACGUGAGCAUAACUCAUUUGCAAUGCAUGACUUCCAAUCACAAGAAUGCGCAAUAAACAAAGUGGCAGAAAGGCCAAAAGCAUUAAUUUCAACUCACUAAAGCGACGCGACGCUAAACUGUGAGUGCGAGCGUUGCUCGUGGAAAGCAAAGGAAGUCGAAAGUGUCUUCUAAACGUGACUUUGUUCUUUAAUUCUGCAGGAAAGGGUCUCACUGCCACCAACCCGACAGGAUAGGUAAGCACAAUGAGUUACUUGACUAAAAGAAUUUGAAUUUUAAGUCACGCAUCAAAGUCGUAAACUGUCUUCUUCUACAUGAUAUUGCUUUGAAACGCUCAUUUGUUUGGAAACGUUCAUUUGUUUGCUCGCAUUGAAGGGACUUCUGUUUCUUCUAAUUUAACCAUGAGGUCUACACUUUUUUGAUUAGCGACUUGUUGAGUUGCGUUUCUCUGUUUACACCUGGAAUGGUUAUAUUUACAAAGGUUUUAUCGCUUUCCAGACUGUUCAGUAUUGUUUGUUGUUAAGUAGAAAUUUGCGUACUUGCCUCGAUAACAAAGCUUUUGAAAAUGAUCGCGCGCCAUUUCAGUUACGACUUCUCAUGAAAAGUAAUAAAAUAGACAAUUUCUUUUUGACGUUUUUCUUCAGCUCAAGAUUAACUGGCAUGACACUUUUAUUAAAAUAUUGUUUGUUGGGCAGAAGAGUGAUCAAAAUUAGACUUAAAUUUGCGACUCCAAGGGAGGCCAAAAAGCGGCACGUCUUCUGUCGCGCCUGUUUUUCCGUUCGAAUCUGUAAAAUCUUGCGUGGGUGCUUAGAGAAAAAAAUUAAAACAACUCAAUCUUUCUUACGUUAUUUUAUUACUUUUGAGAUUCCAACGCCUACGAUGCAGGGGAGGUGUUAGGGUAUUUUGCAACAUUCGGGCCAAAUGACGUAUUUAUUGCUCAAUAAAUUUACAUAUUAAUCUUUGAGCCGUUUAAUUGAUAUUCGCGUUGUUAACCUGAAAAUAUCGACUUUGUAGUUCAACCACAGAUUUUAGCCUGAACACAAUCAAGAACAACGGGUUUAAAAAAUAGAAAAAGAAAACAAACAGCUAACUUUAAAAAUGAAAAACUGUGAAUCAAUUGGGAAAGAUGGAGUACUUUUAUCUUCAAACGCCAGCUGCUUUAAAUUAAUUUUUUCUAUUUAACUUAUACUUUUUAUGCAUAUAUCAUGUUUAUUACAUGGACCAAACUUGUUAGACCCCAAAACAAAUUAAACAGGAUAUGAUUAUGAUCAAGAUGGGUUAGAGAACUUUAAAAAGUACGUCCCAGUACUAGACAAGGUAGAAAAAUAUGACAAAGUGCUCGUAGAGAUCCUCAAAGGUUCCCUGUUUUAUACAACCUAGAAACAUAUUUAUAUUUAUAGAAUUAUCUAUUUUUAAAAGCACGUGUGCCCGGCGGGCUUUUCCAGAGUAACGGACUCUAUUGAAGACAAAAAUCCCGACAGAAUUUGUGGUGUUGGAAAAGAAUGGAAGGUCUUAAAAAGCCUUAAAGCGUACAAUAUCUUUAGAAUAUUUUAUCCUAAACGCGCUUUUUUGUCCUACAACUAUUAUGAACACAUGGCAAUUAAGUGUGUUGUAGUAAAAUUCUCGCAAUUAGGUGCUCUUAUUUUGUGGCGGGAGAAUGAAGGAGCUAUAGCGUAAAUUUAUAUUUAGUCUAUACGUAUAAAAUGUUCUCGGCAAACUGUAUCUUUCAUAAACAGCAAAACGUUUACAUAGUCUUUUCUUGUUUUUUACCUUGUGAAACUGUGCCAUAGGUAACUCAAAGUUUCAAAAUUGACGGUUUUUGCAGAGGAAAAAAAUAGAAUAUAUAUGAAAAAUUAUAAUUAUUUUCAUGUAUAUUAUUCACGAGCAACCUCAAAUGUCUGGUAAUUACAUGGGCUAACCUCGUAUGAAGCUAUCUGUUUUUGAAGAAGUGAGUGUUUUUUUUUUUUGAAGAAGUGUUUACAAAAGGUCGUAAUUUUUCGAGUCUUUGCGAGACUGGUAUGAAAAAAAAAACCGGCUCGCGCUCACGUGUUUGCAACGAGGUGAAUAUUGGUAUACCUUUACACUGGUCCGCCGGGUUGUUUCUUUCUAUUACUUCAAUGCUCGUACGGCAUAACGGUAUAUAUUAAGCUUAAAGUAUGGUUUCUGGUGUGCCAGCUUAUUUGAACAGCAAAGUUUGAAUACAAUGGGCUCAAAAAUAGACCAAUAGUAAGAAAGGCCUAUCAUUUUUUAAACUACUUAAAAAAGAGUCUGUUCAUUUUGGAUCUGUUACUAUAUCACUACCUCUAGUGUAUUGAGCCUUACGAAAUCAUCCCUGUGAAAACUACGCCCUCCGUUGGACACUGGGAAAUGUUGAGAUGACAGCGUUCCGACCAAACGGGGCUCUUGGAAACAUUUACAAUCAUGUUUAUUUCAUUUCGGUCUACUUUGAGCAACUCGCAUGACAAUGAAGUAAACAUUAGCAUAUUUAUCAAAGAAUUCUUCAACAAACAGUUAAAUUGACAGAAAGUGAGCUUGGUUCAUUAAAAUACCACUUACCAAGGGGAUUAUUCAUAGUUUUCAACAUUUUAAUUUUUUGCCUAAAAAUACGGAAAAAAUUAAAAAAUCUACUUGUCAACCAAUCUGACGUCAGUGAAGCAAUAAUUGAAUGUUUCGUAUUCUUCAGUUUCUCUUAGAAACACGCCUAGGUUCAGUAAAUUAGUGUCGAGACCACAGCACUCCUGUGAUAAAUAAAACAACUUGGAUCAUUUGUGGAUAGCAGUACCUCGAUAAGAAAUUCCCCAUUUUUAAUGUUUUCAGUUAAGACAAAAAAAAUCGGAGGAACUUUUUAAAUUAAUUUUCAAAACAAUUUUUGUCUUACUCGAUCUUCUUUGCAACCUGCCGGAACUUUUUUUUUUUGAAAGCCGUAGCAACCAGUUUGUACUUCUUGGUUGCUUAACUUACCCAGAAGACCGAAAAUGAAUUGUAAUUUCUCAGGUUUUUUUUUAUGAAAGCCUUUCAUGGAUGGAUUUAUAUCACCGUCCUUCCCACCCUUAUCUGAAAAUGUGUUAAAAUUUCACAGAUCUGUCUUCUAGAGCCCUAAGUUUUGUAUAGCAUUGCCCUCAAAGUUCUUUAACCAUUAAAUAAAUAUUAUUCAAAUGGCUGGCAAUGCUCCCGGCCUCCUCUCUCUGAAUUUUCUGGAUCCUAACCCUUGCCUUUAACGGAAACUGCAAGCAGAAAAACCAUGAACUUAUGCAAAAUGAAUAAGCACCAGUGAAAAAUAUAACAUCAAGGGGUAUCCAUCGUGACAAAUAUGAAAAGAAAAUAUUUGUUUCACUUUGACAACAUUUGGAAAUGUGUAGAAUUAUAAUUGGCAUUAAUUAGGUAAAGAAUUUUCAGUGCCAAUAAAGUAUUUUAAUACAACCUUGAAAAACAUAUUGUCUAUUGUCGAUAUGACAGAAUCGAAAGUGAAAUUUCACAAUAAUUUUUGCUUUGUGUUUUUGACACGUUUUCUCUAAACUGUUAACAAAUUACUCAUGUACGAAUGCACCUGUGCAAUUAACUCUCACACUGAAGACCUGUAUCACUUAUCUUCCCGUGCAAACGAAAAGAGCGGACUCUAUCGAUGGCUAUUGAAAGCGUUUCACUUUUCGCCAUCAAUAUUGAACUUGCUCUCCAGUUGCUCUAUAACCCAUUUGUGCAUGAAAUUCGGCGUGAUGUAAGAGAGCUUAAGCAUCCCGUUUACGGCAAACGUGAGAUUCAAGUUGACAAAUUUUCAAAAUGAGAAAUGAGCAGAUGAAAACAGCUCAAAACAAUUGUUAUGGAUAAAAUUGGCGUGAAUCUACCGAUUUUCGUGUAGUCAUAAUGAACAGUAAACGAUAAGAUGGAAAACUUGGUCACGUGAUACAAAUUCACGUUUGCCGUUCGGCAGUAAACGCAAUGCUUAAUCUCUCUGCUCUUUAAAAUGCCAAUUUAAAGCUACAAGCUCAGUUUUCUCUACCUACAAUUUCUUUUCACCAUUUUAGCUGUAGACAUUGAGAGGAAACGAUGACCAACAGAAGAACUUAUACCCAUUAUUCUCCACCCUCCACGCCGUUUUCGUUCACACAUGACAUGUUGCUGACUUAUUUGUACAGAAGAAAUGAAUCAAAUGGCCCAAGUGCGCUGAGAAAAACAGGAGACAAGUCUGUAAAAAGAGGUAACAGUAGAACUAUCUUUAAGCCGUCUCCUUUCCUUAGAGAGGUAAAUUUAUAGCCUGUGUAGUAUGCGCUUUAGACUGGGAACAAGGUAAGCGGUCCACGCGAGGGACGUGAGGAGAAGAACACGUUCGAGCUUGAUUUGUGCCCUGUAUUUCUCAUGUAGUUGCUACAGAGGCCAGUACAGACGUAACCCUUUUAACCCUAAUAUCAAAAUUCAGAUUCUCAUUUGUUAUCCAUAUACGUUUUCUAUAGAAGUACUCGGGAUAAGCUGUAAAAAUAUCAAUUAAAUUCAUCUCGUGUGAUCAUUUCCUUAAUUCUUGUCACCGUUCGGUUAUAUAAGGCGGGAGAAGUUUGAUGCUGAUCACCCUUAGGGCUUAAAGGCCUAACAGCUCACCUGUUACGGUCAAAUCUCGUAAAUACGGACACUAAAGGGACCAUAGAAAGUGUCCGUAUUAACGGGGGUUAUGUUAUUAAAGCCAAAAAACACCUUUAAUUAAAACAAAAAACCUAAAGAAAUAAAAGAGGACAUAGACAUCGUCAAGAAAAACAUUUCUAGCCUUAAAAAGCCGUCAUUCCGCGGACUAAGUCCACGAAAGACCCCCAAAACGCUCAUCUGUACAUUUCUUAAUCAAAACUGUGCGGUCUCUUCAUAACUCGUUUGAUGCCAAAAUAGUUUGAAAUUGAUGUCUACAAAUCAUCGUAUGUGGUGUACUGUAGCGUUGAGAACAUCGACACGCUGUCAAUUGAGGGCUUUUUACCCUCAGAAAGGAAAAGUCUAUUACAGCAAGAAGCACAUAAUGAAGUGUCCUCAUUAGCGAGGUUGACUUUCUAUGAGAAUCUGUUGAUUGGGCAAGAAACUAGUGUCCGUUGUACGUAUAAACGAGUGUCCGUAUUAAGUUCGUUGAAUUUAGAGAAAACGUAUGGGCUUUUCCAGGGACAAAUAAAACUGUCCGUAAUAAGGAGCUUUCUGUAUUAAGUGGGUGUCCCGUAAAGCGCGGUUCGACUGUACAGUCAACUCCCUUUAUAGCGGACACUGUAGGGACCUUAAGUUAGUGUCCUCUGUAGCGAGAGUCCGUAAUAGCGGGAGUUUAUUUCAGUCAAAUGUCUGUAAUUUAUUUUUGCCCGGAAUUUAUCUGCUGUCCGUAUUAUUGAGGUGUCCGUUAUAGCGGGGUGUCCCGUAAAGCAGGGUUCGACUGUAUGUUCGAAACAAAAGGGGGACAGUUCUUUUUCUGAUGGUUUCAUUCAAAGACUCAAAAGAUAAUAACCGUGUCAUACAAAGGAAACAGCUAGCGUGAAGGAGAAGGGUGAUAAACUCGAAAUUCAGACACUCCAAGUCAAAGACCUUAACCAUGUCACCAGCUGGAAUUCUUUCUCAGCCGACUCAAGAGAGAAUGUAGCUCAUUCCCUCUUGGUAGACUUGGUAGAAGUCAAUUCCAGAAAAGAGGCAAGGGAGCUGGUUUACGACUAUCUGAAAGCUUGGAACAACCUUAGCAUGUUACAAUGAUUUUUUGUUUAAAUUCUUAGUCCCCUGCAGUUAAGAAAAAUAUCGACACUGGUGCCUGUCCAACCUGACCCCUAAGAGUUAUUUUAAGGGAUGGUAGGCACCGCCCCUCGUCCCUGGGACUUUUCAGCCCGGGAACGAGGUUAGUAUCUCUUAUCCCUCAAAAUGAUUCCUAAAACACUUCUUUUAACAGGUUUAAUUUCGUCCUCCUUAAAUGCCUCGGAAAAGGCUGAGAAUAGGCUUAGCAACGCCGAGAAAUCCUGUCCAGAUGAAUUAGAGCUUUGUCCCUCACUCACGUCGUGUUUGACGUACGGAGUACGCACUAAACAGGUUAUACCGGAGGGAACGUGGAUGGGCCCGUAUCAAGGAACAAUUGUGACGCCUAAUGACGUUACAGGCGAUAUGGAUACGUCAUAUAUGUGGGAGGUAAGAUACGCACAACUUGUUUGUUAUUGUGUACAAGUUUUUAUUAUUAACUAUAAUCACAUCCAGGAGAGCGCUUACUAGCAUCUUUUUACUCGUGCUAUGAGGAUGUAACUGUACGUGUGCCGAUAACAGUACUUGAGUAUUGAUCUCGGAUAUCAAUAUCAUGCUGCACAAAAGUCGGCUUUUGAAAGCAUCAACAAAUGGUAUAUCAAAUGCUGUCCUUGCGAAUGCAUUGUAACUUGAAAGCUGCAUUGGCUGAGUGGUUAGGACACAGAUUACUUCCUUUGAAAUCCAGGGAUCAAUUGUUUACGGACUUUACGUUUUAUGCCAAUGACCCUAUGGGAACCCAUCAUGUAUUAUUUAGUAUCUCCAGCAUUCAUGCACAACCUCGUUCGGAGGGUGAGGCAACAGUUCCAACACGAGAUCUUGACACGUAGGGCAAUUGAAAAUAGCUCCGCCCGAAAUGACCCUAUUCUAGUUUGAUGUCCAUUUCUUGAAUGUCGUCACAACUUUUCUUGGCCCUCCUUGAUGGAAUUUCAUUAGCUAGAAGCAGCGGUACAGGCCGGUUUUACUCCGAAUAUAGGGAAGCUUUUAGUUUUUGAGCGCGGCUGCCGACAAAAUAAAACUCGAAACGUUAAUGAAAACAGUGCGCCUAUAAUACCUUUCAUGUCCUGUCAAGUUACCGAGACUGCAGGGCAGCACCUAUAAGGACUAGUAAUGAGAUCAUCUCGCCUCCUGCUCAUAAUAGUCAGUUUACUCAACAGGACGGCAAAACGCUUGUAGCUAAUAAAAAAUUUAAGAGUGCAACCACUACUUUUUUUUCUUUUCCUCUUUCCAUUUCUCCUUUCCUUUCCCUUUGCCAGUGAGUGUGAUCUUUGAGCUUAUCGGGCGCAAAAAACCUGCCUUUAGCCCCUUUUCUUUCAAAAGGCUGUAAAUUUCGCCGGGUAUGAUCAGAUUUUUGCUUUACUUUUGUAGAUUUAUGAAAACGACAAAUUACUGCAUUACAUUGACGGCAAUGACGAAAAUAAUUCCAGUUGGAUGCGUUUUAUUUGCUGUGCGCGACACAGGGGUGAACAGAAUCUUUACGCUUUUCAAUACAACAAAGAAAUUUACUACAGAGCAUUCGCCACCAUCCCUGCUGGAGAAGAACUUUUGGUGUGGUACGAAGAUACUUAUCCACAAUACAUGGGAAUACCUCUGAAUAUUACAGACAUUGGCAGGCAACUGGAUCACAGUGCAAGUAAGGGAUCUAGCAAGUGUACAAAGCACUUAUUUCUAUAGCCUGUUUUUAGUUUAACUAUUUUAAUUAAAUAUCGAUAUGUGAAGCAAAAAAAAUUAGGGAUACACUCGCUGUUAGCAUUCGCAUGACUGUAUUUCUUCCGGAAAAUAUGUCCGUCGUUCUUCACAAAGAGCCUACGUGAUACGCUCCCUUUCCCACCGAUCGGAACACCGUAAAGAUGCUUCGUCACGAUGUUAAGUAUUAUUUUAAAACCCUUAAUUAAUAUGAUGGUUCAGUUUUAUUUAAAAUUGCCCUAAUACUAUAUGUUAACUAUAUGUGUAUGACUUUGGUUUCUGAUGGCCAGGAUGGAAACGGAUUGCAAAUUGAAAGAAAAAACCUCACUAUGAAAUAGCCCCCAGGCCUUUCCGAGGAAAACGCAAUGAUAAAUUCGCCCUAUGUAAGGCAAUCCAGAGUCCGUAAAGGGAGGAACAUUUGCUUGUGGAAUCCGGAAUCCGGGAUAUUUUUCUUGUGGAAUCCAGGAUCAUGAGCUUUGGAAUCUGGAAUACAGCUCAAGGAAUCCCGAAUCCCACUGAUUCUGCGAGCAAAAAUUUAUUGGAUUUCGGAUUCCGGAUUACCUUACACGGGGCGACUCAAAGGAAAUUAAUAACAGACCAGUAUCGUCCCCAGUCGUCUCCAAGUUGUUUCUACUUAUUAAUUAUUUACUAGGGAAGCGCUCGGGAGAGCCCGUUCUAGUCUUCCACCCCAAAUACUAAUAAUGAGAGACGACUGGGGACGAGUCAGUACCAGUAUGAAGUUUCUGUUCUUCCAUAUUCACCCCUUAAUUACUACAGUCAACUCUCGCCUUGCGGACACCCCGCUAUAACGGACACCUCGAUAAUACGGACAGCAGAUAAAUUCCGGGCAAAAAUAAAUUACAGACAUUUGACUGAAAUAAACUCCCGCUAUUACGGACUCUCGCUACAGAGGACACUAACUUAAGGUCCCUACAGUGUCCGCUAUAAAGGGAGUUGACUGUAUAUGCAAUGGAUAUAGGACUAGACGUCUUUGAUUUUUUGUUGUUUCUUUCCUCAGAUUGUCCUCAUCAUCCUGAUGCAGUCUCUGGAGUUGAUUCGGCUCAACAUUUCAAUUCAGAUUGCAAUUGGCGAAAUCAGGAGGCACCUAGAUUACCUCAAAAACCUGUUGCUUCAGACAGUUCGAACUCAACAGUUUUCGCGCCACCUUUGAGGCCUGUUCACUACCGCACUCCUACCUUUUUCACCUCUGAUGAGUAUCAAAUUGCGCAUGUGCGAAGGGAAAAGACUUUUAAUUUGAGGGAUCAGUAUGGACAGCUAGUGCCAACCUCUAGGCGGAGAGCUAUUGUGAUUCAAAAGACUGACGAUGCACCGGAUCCAUUUUGCGUAUUAACUAGGGAGAAGUAAAGACCACAGCUUACAACCUCGCCCCCGAAAGAGCAAUGGGAACGAGGUUGCAUCGCAUACUACUACGCUAAAGGACACGGGGCAAACAUAUAACGGAGGAAUACCGGAUCUUCUUUGUGAUUUUUCAACGGAAUUGCGCAAACUGAAAGGAUUUUCUUAGGUUCUCUUCUUUUGAAAGGCAAGAGCCCCCACCCUUGCCCGAGCGCCCACUUUUCAGUUAUGAGGCAGAUCUAGCUAAGACAACGUAACGCCAAAGAGAACGCUAAAUUGCGCGAAAAAAGACUGAACACGACUUCCGUUUCCUGACUCGUCCCCAGUCAUCACCCAUUAUUAGUAUUUGGCGUAGAAGACUAGAACGGGCUCUUUCUGACUGAGGAGAGACAAGUUGGAGAUGACUGGGGACGAGACAGUUCCGUUUCUCAAAUUGCCGCUCUGCCAAAGGCCAAUUAGGAUUUUAGAUCGGCGCACGCCGUCGUAACGUUGUCUUUGCUAAAUCUACUCAUUGCCUGAUUCUCAGCGUGCUAGGCUGAAGACUAUUUAUUAGAUUCAUCCUUCGCGGCAAAAAAACUAUCAUUCCGCUAUAGAGCAGAGUAUGUACUUGGAAAUGGUGGAUAAUAGCUACUGAGUGUACCUCGCAGUGUAAAGCGAAGACAGUUGAACUGGUAGAAAAAAACUUGGAAGUAAGGAUAAAAAAAGAGUUUUUAUGUAGAAGAUCAAACACCAUUUCUAACCAGAGCGAACAGUGCGGGAAAGAAAUCUAGACUGAAAGUCUGACGCGGUAAUGAGAUACUUUUUAGUAGCCGAAGGUUUAGGGAACCUCGUUCCCAGUGUGACAGGGUCUCUUGCCCACGCUUCAGGGAAAGGGAAGAAGAGCUAGAGACCUUGGGGCCUGGGGGCGAGAAUGAGUUAAGGGAUCCUGUGUUAAGUCCAUAGAAUUUUCGUAAAGCUAUCAAAACUCGAGCUCUAUCGCAAACAACAUAGUCUUACAGGCAACAACAACUUUACAUCCACUUUUUAGUUUGUAAUAUCUUGACAACAGUACCGGCUUUCGAGUAAAGGCAGCGGUGGCACAAGUUUAUAACUUAGCGACAAAGUGUAGCGCAAAAAUGCAUGUUUCUUUACGAUCUCGUUUCCAGAGCAUUUCCUUAGAAUGAGAUUGCUUUUAUAGUAAUCUACAACCCUUAUAGUUGGGUGGCAGGUUUAGGGGUAAGAGGAUUUUGCAGGAAUAAUCUUUCUGUACAUUCAUUUCGUUGUAAAUAUAGUUAUAUAACUUUUCUUUGUUGUUACUGUGUGAACUGACGGGUAUUUUUUUGUGAACAUGAAAUGUCAAAAGCGCCUCGUCCAGUAUUUGGUGUUUUUGAGGGGUGUGAUUACAGCCUAAACGACAAUGCGCAAAAACCGCUAAACAUGCGCACUAGAACCACCGAUUAUGUUCCCGCCAAACUGGCCAUUCUUCCUCAUUAUUCGCUAGCCAAUCAGCGGUUUUUGCACUCUCUCAUUCUGAUUGGUGAGCAUCAGUUUCGCCUGGGCAUACUUGGUUAACUUACGUCAUGUUCUUUUUUUAAACUAAAACGAAGUGCCUUCGCAUCAAUUGAAUUCAAAAAUUAUGGACACAUUUUGUUUUAUUUAAUGCUGCAGUAUUUAGGCAGUGAGAUGGUUUCCUGCCGUCUGUUGCUACGAAUGAUAAGGAUGGACAUAGAUUUUAAAAACUUGAAAAAAUUGGUCCAGCUGUUGUGUAUGGGUAAAGGCAAAGUCAUGGAAGGUCGAAAUAUUCUCCAGCGUUUCAACUUGUUCAAGAAAUCAUAUAGUCAUUAGUUGGGGGUUGACCGCAUUUUAACAUCAUAAUAUUUUGUCUUGCAAUAUUUUUUAAAAUGAUAUUCAGUUUUCUUUUUGAAUUUUGAUUCCUGACACCAUUGAAUAGUUUACGCGAUUCACACCUAUAACUGAUGAUUGCUCGGCACGCCGCGAAGCCACCCAAAGGUUUCCUUGAUCAGAUUUCGAUUGUAGUUUUAUUAAAAUCUUCUUGAACAGCCUGAGACCGCCUAAUACUGAGGAAAGAGGAUCGAGGAAGAGGAAACACGUGAGUGUUUAAACAGCGCAAAGAAUCUUGGGAAGCGCAAAAAGAAAAAUAGCGACUGGUAGUUAUUCUAAUCGUAUAAAGGGCAACUUGCGCAAUUAAUGCCCCUUUUUUUCGUAGGUGUGGGGAGGUGAGAGUGCGGAUGACCUGAGAUCGCCUAAGAGACCGUUUUUUGGACGUUACCCGCUUAGGUGGGGUAGCCUGCCUGUCCAUAUAGUCUCUUAUUUGAAUUUGACCACGUUAACACGAUAGGUGGGGUGACACCUCUCCUACCUGGGCCCCCAACCUCCAUGUGAACAGGCCCUAAUUCUGA